AUGAAGCGCCGUGUUGAGCUGCCGGUGAGGGUGGUACGAAAAGAAGUGGAGGAGCUGGCUGUGCCCAAGGAUGACCUGCACCAACGAAGCCAGAACGUAGAGGCAGAACCGCGGAAGAAGAGGAAGGUGGUAAAGACCUCGGUCACUACAGUCACUACGAUCGUGACCGAGGCAGUGGAUGCCGAAAGCCAAGAGGAGGUGGUCCACGGCCAGCCGCAGCAUCAGCCCGAGACACAGGAGGCGAGGGAGGACAGAAGGCGGCUGCUCCGCCAACUCGACCUAUUGAAGGAGCAGCUCCUUGAGGAGGAACGGCAGCAACGCCACCAUCAUCAUCACCAUCAACUCCAUCAUCAUCCAGCGCACGAGACUCAGCGUCACGAAGUAGCGACUCACGAUGAUUCAGCUGGACGCAAUGUGGUAGACGAUCAUGCUCUGUCCCAGCGGCCCCCCUUCAGUCCAACGCCCAGCUCGCGCCUGGCUAGCGCAGCCCGGGAGCAAGUGGAGGUUAUGGAGAAGGGCUACAUCUAUUUCCUCUACAGGCCCAAGGUAGGCGCCCAGGAGGCCAAGAGCUUCGACGACGUCGCCCGGAUGUACAUCCUGCUCAAGACCCUGCCAAAGAAGGCUGACGCACUCUCCGAGCCGGAGGAAGAGGAGAUAGAGGGCGAUGAGAGCGCGGCACCCGCCUUCUACAGGCUCAUCCGUAUCGGCAAGAAGAAACUGCCUUCCAUCAGGGAACACAAUCGGUUUUGGGGCAUCAUCGAAGAGGCGACACACGACUACGAGAAAAUCCACCACCUCAUUGUCUCAGAGCACUACACCACGCUUACCCUUGGUGAGCGGGUUACUCCUGCCUGCAGACCUGCCGGUGAAGGCGUCUACGGUAUCGUGAAACGCGACAACUACAGCCACUUAGCCUAUGUGCUUGAGCUACCCCAUGAAUUGGGUGAGGUGCAAAAGGCCCUCAAUAUCGUGGCCGAGGGGUGCUUCGUGCUAUCGGUCAAGAACCCUGAGGCGUUGCCCUACUCGACCUACUCCGCCACCCUUCCAACCAA